AUGGCGGGGCUGCUGAAGAAGACCACUGGCCUGGUGGGCUUGGCUGUAUGUGACAGUCCGCAUGAGAGACUAAGGAUAUUAUAUACAAAGAUCCUUGAUGUUCUCGAGCAAAUGCCUAAAACUGCAGCCUAUAGAAAGUAUGCUGAAGAGAUUACAAAUGAGAAGCUAAAUAUGGUGAAAGCAGAGCCAGAUGUUAAAAAAUUAGAAGACCAACUUCAGGGUGGACAAAUUGAGGAAGUGAUUUUUCAGGCUGAAAAUGAACUGAGUCUGGUGAGAAAAAUGAUGCUAUGGAAACCAUGGGAACCUUCAGUGGAAGAACCUCUUGCCAAUCAGUGGAAGUGGCCAAUAUAA